UCUCUUUGAGAUGUUUAACAACGUGCUGAAUUACCUCACUAGUAACAAACUAGUAAGUUCCUAUCAAGUAGAUAAGGACCCGGCCUGCUAUGGAAAUGAGCUGCGUUGGAAGUUGUAUAACGCGAAGCGACCAAAGUCUAGUGUAACAGCACCGAUGGGGGGAGGCCCGGCUGGAGAUGAUACUUGUCUAACAGUGUUCCUAUUCGAGAAGAAAACGCUUGAUACGAAGCAGUACCCUAAGGAUUACAGGAAUAGGAUAUUAUCAUCGUUAAAUAAAGAAGCAACCGUCCUACAGCGACUACGGCAUCCAAAUAUCCUAUCUGUGAUUGAUCCACUGAGCGACGAUCGUCAGAGUAUGGCGUUUGUUACGAGACGUGUUACUCAAACUCUGGGCACCAUUUUGGCAACUGAUAGGAAACAAUUGUCAGUGAUAGAGAUACAAACAGGUUUACUGGAUGUUGCGUCGGCUCUAGAGUUUCUUCAUCAUGCUAAUACUUGUCACCUUGGUCUGUGCCCUAGUGCGAUCUUCAUCACUCCAAAUGGUCGAUGGGUGUUGGGUGGAAUGGCGUAUAGUCAAUCACCAGUAGAGCCGGGUAAGAUGGUGCCGUGCCAAGUGAAGUUUAGAGGAAUAGGAGGGAUGGCUGGUGGAAUGGUAUUAAACGAGCCUCCCAUAAGAUAUGCGGCUCCUGAGAUGACCACCGGCUACAGCAGUUCUUGUGGGCAGUGCAGUGACGUGUUUAGUUUCGGCCUCAUAGCGUACGAGCUCUUUUCUAGGGAUCGUCAACCUCUGCUCUCGCGAGUCACUCCUGGGGCUGAUCCCACUGUUCACCAAAGGGAAAUUCAGAGAGCACUGCCGCUGAAGCAAGGAGAUAAUCAAAUUGACAACGCACUGCUUUUCACUUUACUCCAGUCGAUGACGGUGUUGGAGCCAACUAGGAGGUGUACGAUGGAAGCAUUCCUAAGCUCGGAAUAUUUCAAUGAUAUUAAUAUAAAGGCCCUGAGGUUCCUAGAAACGCUUUCGGAGAAGGACGAUGCGGCUCGGAUAGCAUUCUUGAGAGAAUGUGUAACGAUUCUAAUCCGGAAUCUUGAUCUGUUUAUCAACAACAUAACAGCAAAUGACGCUAGUGAGGUUCUAGUACCCUUUGUGUUAAGGUGUAUCGAGUUGAAGGAGGAUACUAUCAUUCAGGAGGUGUUUACUCGUUUGCCUCUACUACAACGACGAUUCGAGUAUACUACUUUGCAGCACGUCUUGUUGCCGAGAAUGUUGAGGAUGCUGACUGACGCUAAUGAGGGUGUCUCCACCAGAAUCCGAUGUUUGAUCAUAAAAUGCAUUCAAGAAAUGCUUCCGGUUCUGGACAAUACGACUGUUGUUGGUGUUCUGUUGAAGGCGCUUACUGAGACUACUGGGACGGAUGGUUCUGCGCAAAUAGUAGCAGCGUUAGGAGACAUUUACGAGAAGAUAAGUGAAAAUUUGGGCGCUAAACUGUCGGCGACUAAGGUUUUACCGUGUGCGCUGCCUCUUAUGGCGAAUGAGAAUCUAUCGUACGAACAGUGGUCGCGCAUAAAUACAAUUGUUAGUGGUAUGGUUGAAAGAGUUGCGAAUUGGCGAGAAAAAGAUUACCGACACCGAACUGAUGCCGGCCGGGAAGCAUCUGCUGCGCUUGGCGGCUCCGCUCCGCCUCCUCCUCCACUGUCUAGUCGGAAAUCAACUUCAUCAGCGGGUUCAUCGGGGCCGGUGGACUUCGACACGCUUCUUAUGGGGGCUGCUGUGCCCUCGGGGGCAUCAUUAUCAUCGCAUCGGCCAUCUCGAGCUGCGCCGCCACCACCUGUGCAGCCGAUUCGACCAGUUGAUGAGUUCCCGUUUGCUCCGAUGAAAAAUCGGAAAAAUGAGAACUUCGCUCCGCCUAGUUCAACGAGCAGUUUUACAUCAAGUUCGUCACCAGAGAUCCCACAGAACGACUUGUUGGGUGGUGCGACUAAGAAUACCAGUGUCGAUCUGCUCAGCUCUGGCGCGGAUGAUUUCUGCUUCGCUCCGCCUAAGCAAUCGUCUCAGUUGGCUACAAUUGAUUUGGCUAAUCUCUAUAGUCAAAAUGCUCCCACGAAAAUAUCUCAGAAUUUCGACACUGGCAUGUCUCGGUUUGUAUCAGCUAAUGGGACGAAGACUGGCGCUGAUCCGAAGCGGUUUGGUGUUCGAAAUUUGGGUGAUGAAGACCCCUUUGCUGGGCUUUUGUGAGAGAGUAUUCACACUUCGUAUUAUUGCUAAGGCUGUGUUAUUGACCAUCGUAGACUGUCGUAUUAUCG